ACACCAGCUAAGAUCGAACACAUAAUCCCACCAGUUUAAUUUCAUUGGUUUGGCACGUCAGUGGGCAGAUGAGUUUUAAAGGAGAACUCCACACUCAAACACAUUAAAUACGUUCAUAGUGAAAUAUUUGCGAAGUGUUUGGCUAAUCUUAUGUUGGUUUCUUGGUUGGUGCAGCAUUUUCGUUAUUCCUGUGAGAAGUUAGUGGUUGUGUGCCGUGCUGACGUCACAGGGGGACAUUGCCAGUGCAGUUACAAUAGCAUUUAAUAGGAGAAAAAAAUUCAAUGCUUGUUUUUUCAGACACCAUUUUUCAACAACUACGAAGGUCACGUUUAUGAGAUAUACAACAUAGCAGUGGAGACAGCAAGCGUUCCAUAAUGCAGUGCAGUUACACGACGCAGUUGCAUUGCGUUGACUCAUGGCAGAGCCUCGGCUCAGCUAGUUAGCCAUCUACGUGAUGACAAGCACAAUGACGACGGUAUUAGCGUGAAAGUUGAAGCUUUGGAAGCUUAUCUGUUUGAGCAGGUAGUUCAACAGCAUUGUAACAAACCAUUAACCAAAGUGAAAACAUGUUGAUUUAAAUUUUUCUUCUUCUUCUUAAAGAAGACAGAAGUCAGUAGAAGUCAAUGAAGAAUUUCAUAACAAAUCUUGGACGCCACUGAAGAUUACAAGUUCAGUGUUAAUUAUAAAGAUUAGUAAGGUGGAUUUUGCCUUUAAGGUGUGCUUGUUCUUAAUUAGAAUGAAAGCCUGAAGACACACUGAUCUUUUUUGAAUAAUAUUACACAUAAACUUAACCGUUCCUUUGUAUGACUGUAUCCUGUAAAAUAAUGACCAGUAGAUGUCAGUAGGUUGUUGAGAUUUCUUCCCUGAUCCCUCUGAUGCUUCUUGUUGUUGUUGUUGUUGUUGUUGUUGUUGCCUGACUUGUAAUUCAAUUAGUGGUGCGUGUACAAACAUGUUUACAGCCUAAAAUUACUCUUAGCCCACAGGAGCUAGCUUUUUCUUUUGUUUGUAUUCUGGAAAAUUCUUCCAGAAGCAUAGAAAUAUAACCCUACCUGACCUAGCAUUAUAUCACCUACAAAUAUGACUAAUGAAUAAAAGGACACAGGGGAUAUGACUACAGGAAUAUCUGAUAUUACUGAUGACAUUUCAGUUAAGCAGUAUGGCAUAUAUUAGCCCGGCUCUGAUUCAGUACAACAGUACAGCCCUCUUGCUCGUGCGAUAUUACUUAACUGAAAUGCCAUUCCCAUGAUUGACAGUGUGAUAUUGCUUUUAUAUAACAGUUCUAUAAAAAAAGGACAGAAAUUAAUAUUGAGCAGCUGACAUUUCAGACACAAUAUAGCCAAAUAUUUUGUUUAUUUUUGCCCCAUUAACGAAAACAGUUCCAAACAAGCGACACCUGGAUAGUGCUGCGUGUUGCCAUGCCAACGCACAGACUGACUGACAGCCCAUAAUAAGUGCAGUAACGAUCUCAGUGUACUGAACUAUCGCUAGAAAUGGACUAGCGGAGUAAUACAAACAGUGAAGUGUCCCAGAGCAACUAGUGCUAUUAUUAGACCGGAACUAACUGCUGUAUAAUGUAAUUUGUUUCAUAUUAAUGGAAAUAGUGAAGUGAAAAAGUUAUGGUGCGUUCAAGUCAUGUCGGAAAGCUCGUAUUUACGAGUUGAACGCACAUGAACGCCACCACAAAGUCGUAACUACGAGUGAGAUUUUGUCUGAGCUCCGAGUUUCCGAGUUGGGAUGUUGUGUCAGUAAGAAAACAUUGUGGAAUCAAAGGAUGUAAUGUCUGUAGAUUACGGUAAAUUAGUUGAAAUUGACUGGGUAUGUAGCAGUGAUAUGUCUUUGUCAGGCUUUUUUAUUUACAAUAAAACAAGCUAACUGCCUGCACAAAAUACUAUAGCAGUACAAUUACGGUAUAAUAGCUAUGUAACAAUAAAGUUUACAGUGGCUUCAUAAAUUGAUUAAAAACAUAAAAACACAGCUGAUGCGCAUCUUUGUUCUUCAUUUUCUAGAAGUUGAGUUUUACCUUGCUGUAUUUUUUGUAGCUAAUUAAGAGAAGGUUCACCGCCAUCUUGCUCCGAACAAAGUGACUUGAACUCACCUGACGUCGUAAUUCCCAGCUCGAAAUUUAAGUUAGCGUAUAUAUGAAGUUUUACGGUAACCAUCAUGCGGUUAUUUUAGUUCAGCUGUAGACACUCUGAAAGUUCUCUCUCACACACACACACACAUACACAGAGUUUCUUAUUAACUACUAUAUGUAACAUGUUUACUAGAAUGAGACAUUUAUUUUAAACAAGUUUCUUCAACGAACAUCUCAGUUAUGUGGGCUAAUUUACAAUACAAUGGACUAUUUAUUGAUGGUAAGAAUUCUGUUGCUCUUUAACAUGAAAUCAGUUUUUUUGAUGGAAGGAAUAGAAGAAAAGCUCAAUUACAAUAGAAAAAACAAACAGUACUAUUCUUUCAAAGGAUAUUCCAUUGAAAACGUACGAGUUUUACACUUGUAUAUAAGUAUAGUUAGUAUGAAUGUGCAGUGAUGCUAUAGACUGUAGGUUAUUUACAGUAAUGUUUACGACAUCUGGCUGUAAUAUAUAAUAGAAAUAAGGUGGUGAUGGCGGAGGCUGGUCCUCUCUCACUUCCAGCGCAGUGACGUGGAGAGUAGAGAAGGAGUGUGUGUGUGUGUGUGUGUGUGUGUGUGUGUGUGUGUGUGUGUGUGUGUGUGGGUGUGUGUGUGUGUGUGUGUGCUGGCCAUCCUCCAGUCUGCUGUGGAGCGACAGGAAGACGAGAGCAGCUUCAGGUGAAAGACUGAAAAUCUUCACAGACAAAAACGACUGAUAUUCUCAUGUAGAGCUCUGACCAUCCUUUUAUUUUUAUUGAAAUCUAAAAACUAAAUAAAGUGGUGUUUUACAGUGAACUUAUGUUUGGAUCAUCUACUGCCUACUUGAGAUGUGAUCAACUCGACAAAGGAAGGUGAAAGCUGUGGUGAACAUGGACUCCCUCCUGAAUGGAACCUGGGAGAACACCACUUUCAAUGUAUCUCCUCCAUCUGUCUCCUCUUUCAACGGACUGAACCUUCUGAUGGAACUAAAGAUGCUGUUUGUCCCUCUCUACGCCGUACUAGUCCUAGUAGCCUGCUGUGGAAACCUCUUCCUCCUCUUCCUCAUCGGGUUUAACAAGAAGCUUCACAGCACAACAAACUUCCUGAUUGGAAACUUGGCCCUGGCCGAUUUGGUGAUGUGUCUUUUCUGUGUGCCCCUGACUGUAUUUUAUGCCUUCGAUGAGCGUGGUUGGGUUUUUGGGAAUUUCAUGUGCCGUUUUGUCUCGCUUAUGCAGACUGCGACUGUCUUUGCGGCGGUCCUGUCUCUGACGGCCAUAGCAGUGGACCGUUACAUUGUGGUUGCUUAUCCGAUUCGUCGACGUAUAGGGCGCCAUUUGUGUACUGGCCUGGUGCUAAGCAUAUGGCUCUGUGCCCUGGUAAUGUCCAUCCCUGCUACCGUACACACUGUGUAUUUGGAUCUGAGCGCUGCUGGUCAUCACAUGGCCGUGUGUGAGGAGUUCUGGCAAGAGCAGGAGCUUGGUCGGCUCAUCUACUCGUGCUUCUUUCUGCUCCUCUCCUAUUUUGUUCCUCUCGCAGCUGUGUCUAUAUCCUACUGUGCCAUUUCGUGCCACCUCCAGCACAGGGCUACACAGGGACUUAUAGCUGCCAUUCCCUCCAAUCAGGAGAAAUGGGGCCGCAAGAGGCGCAAGACCUUCCGCCUGCUGCUUAUAUCAGUGCUGUGUUUUGCAUUCUCCUGGCUCCCCUUGCAGGUGGUCAACCUCAUCCGUGACCUGGACACUGACUUUGUUAUCUUGAGCAAGAGUCAUGUCAAUGUGAUCCAGGUUUCAUGCCAUUUGUUAGCCAUGAGCUCUGCAUGCUUUAACCCUUUUAUCUAUGCUUCUCUGCAUGACAAGUUUUUGUCCUACUUGUGCCGCCACAUGUUCCAGAGGCGCAGACAAUCUCAGGCCCAAAGCAGCUCCACCACCUCCAGCCGCUUACCUCGCCAACACACCAGCUCCACCCUGGCUGGUAUUCCCAUGGCUGUGAGCAAGACACUACAAGAAUGAAUUUAGUCAGUCACUUUAGCCAUCAACAUUAUGCGUUCUUAGAAAUGGUACUGCACCUUAACAAGUCACCACCAUGUUUAUGUAAAUGUGUACUGCAUAAGGCACUGUAGGGUGGAUUGUAUAUGUUGUAUAUAUGGAUGCUCUGCAAAGCCUGCUGAACAUAGUCUCAAAAUAGUAGUAGUAAAUAGUAAUAGUUAGCUGCCUGCUAUAUGUUAUUAACACAUAAAGUAAUGCUGUGACUGUUUAAUAACACAGUGCUGUACUUUUUUGUUCACGUUUCAUUUGCCUGGCCAUUUUGUCUUGUUACAAACUGUAAUGUGUGUACAGGUGGUUGUAAUAUGGAAUUGUUUUAUGCAUGUAUUGUGAAUAUAUUGCAUUGAAUUUGUAAAUUUUGUACUAAAUCAGGAUAUAUGUACAUAUAAAACAUACAUACAGUAUACCUGCAUAUAUUGCGUCAUUUAGAUUUCCUUCUUCCUUUACAGAAAAAUGUGAAGAAUAAACACAUAAAAAUUUUCCACUGAAGAAAAUGUACCUUGAACCCAGCUUCACUUUAUAGUAUGGUUGAGUAAAACCAAAAGAAUGAUGUGUAAUUACUUCA